CACAGCUGAGAGCUCUGGCUGGGCCGCGCUCGUCGCCCCAUCUUGAGUAGAAUAUAGAGCUGUGUUACGGUGAGUGUAUUAUUGUGCGAGGAAAAUCCGAUGUUUAUAGUUUAAAGUGUAUAAAAUUACUUGAAGAGAUGUCUUCGAACAACCAGAAGCUGUCGACCACGCAACGUAUGAUACAAGCUGUACCCUUUCCACCGAGUCAUAAGUUGACAGUGGCCGAAGUGUUCGACCAGAGGACGGCAAAACCGCGGCCGGACGUGUUAAAGCAGCACUUUAUAUUGGAGGGCCGAAUCGAUGAAGCAGCAGCUCUCAGAAUCAUCAAUGAAGGCGCACAACUCCUACGCGCCGAAAAGACGAUGAUAGAUAUAGAAGCUCCCGUCACAGUAUGUGGAGAUAUACACGGUCAAUUUUAUGACCUUAUGAAAUUAUUCGAAGUAGGGGGACCACCCGCUAGUACAAAGUACCUUUUUCUCGGUGAUUAUGUUGAUAGAGGAUAUUUUAGUAUAGAGUGCGUGUUGUACCUGUGGGCCCUGAAGUUGUGCUAUCCAACAACCCUUUUCCUUCUUCGUGGUAACCAUGAGUGUCGCCACCUUACAGAAUAUUUCACUUUUAAACAAGAAUGUAAGAUAAAAUAUUCAGAACGAGUCUACGAUGCAUGCAUGGAGGCGUUCGACUGUCUGCCCCUCGCGGCGCUGAUGAACCAACAGUUCCUCUGCGUCCACGGCGGAUUAUCACCAGAAAUACAUAAUUUAGACGACAUUCGAAAGUUAGACAGAUUUAAAGAACCACCCGCUUUCGGACCCAUGUGUGACCUUCUUUGGUCGGAUCCCUUAGAAGACUUUGGUAAUGAAAACAACGCAGAACAUUUCUCUCAUAAUUCCGUGAGGGGUUGCUCAUAUUUCUACAGCUACGCUGCCUGUUGCGACUUCCUUCAAAAUAAUAACCUUCUAUCAAUAAUUAGAGCACACGAAGCACAAGAUGCGGGGUAUCGAAUGUAUAGGAAAAGUCAGACAACAGGCUUCCCUUCCCUUAUCACAAUCUUCUCGGCACCCAAUUACUUGGACGUGUAUAACAAUAAGGCAGCCGUACUAAAAUACGAAAAUAACGUAAUGAACAUUCGCCAAUUUAAUUGUUCGGCGCACCCUUACUGGCUACCAAACUUCAUGGAUGUGUUCACGUGGUCGCUUCCUUUCGUAGGUGAAAAAGUGACGGAGAUGCUCGUCAACGUCCUCAACAUCUGCUCCGACGACGAGCUCGUCUCGGACGGAGACGACGCACUAGAAGAAGCGAAACAGGCAAAAAUUGUUAUUAAAAAACCUGCAGCUAACCUGAGGAAAGAAGUAAUACGUAACAAAAUCAGGGCAAUCGGUAAAAUGGCUCGAGUAUUCUCCGUGCUAAGGGAGGAGAGCGAGUCGGUUCUCCAACUCAAGGGUCUCACGCCAACGGGCGCUCUGCCCCUCGGGGCGCUGUCCGGAGGCAAGACCAGCCUCAAGAAUGCGUUGCAAGGGUUCUCUCCUAACCACAAGAUAACGAGCUUCGCGGAAGCCAAAGGUUUAGACGCCAUCAAUGAACGCAUGCCGCCGAGGAAAGAUGCGCCGCCGUCGCCGGCGGAAGAGACGCCACAGGACCAUAAUCACACCCAGAGUAAUGCACACUCGUGAGCUACACUUAAAUAGGACAUCACAUUGGCCGCCUGCAGGUAUGCGCAACAAGAACCAUUGGGUACCCUGCAGUGGCGCUCACCUCUACUACAUGUAACAUCUUUAUUAGACUAUAGACACAUUUUUUCAUUGGGACGACAGGCUCGUUCACAUCUUAUUGAACAAGUAGCUGGUCUGCUUCCUCUCUCUAUCUGUAAUUUCUGCUAUUCGUGCCUCGCUCUUGCACACUGCUCUACCGCUAUUCUCGCUUGAGGACAAUCGUCCGGUGUUAUUAUCAUCUAACUACAUUCCAUAUCUACUGGGUUUUGAAUAAUCGUAGCACCGUUGGGUCCUCUAGACAACCCACAUAUUUAUUAUUUUAAUAUUAUUAUAUUAUAAAUGUAAACUUGACGUCAUAAAUUCGUUGUAUAACCAGUAGAGUAAGUAGUGAUAUAAAAAAAAAAUAAUAAGUAUAAUGAUAAACAUGAAAAUGAUGAUAGUUAUCACUCUGUUACUACUACGUACAAGAAUUAAAAAGAAAAAAAAAUGUGAAAAAAAUGAAAUCGUAUAUCGGUCAGCAGUGUGAAAUGGCGGGCUAGGAGUAGCUGGUCGCACGUGUUGAGUGAUAUAAGCGUGCCAUACCCACCUGUCGCCACACCUCAUCCUCAUCCUCAUCAAUCAACCCAUCAGAAAUCAUCAUGAUCACUAUGUGUUAAUUUAAAAGAUAUUGCUAUAUAUAAUAUACAUAUUUAAUGACUCAUGUGCUGAGUUGAGGAUUUCAUUGUGCGAAAUAAGUACAUUUAUCUCUCUAUUAAUAUUAUAGAAAGUGUUUGAUUUUAAUAUUAACACAACAAAAUACACACACAUCUUUGCUACGAGCUGUACUUAUUUUUUGAUUGUACAAAUUGUGUUAUACUAUUAAAUGUUUAAUAUUAACUUUUCCUCUCUGUCUGAGCGAGACGUUUCAGUUAACGAAAAAAUUGUGUAUAUAAAAAUAAUACGUGUACAAAUGUGAUUGAUGUAUGCAGAUCCCGAGCAAACAAUCCGACCUUCGCAACCUGAGACCUCGUUGUUACGAAUCUCCAGCACUUCAAUGCUUUCUUCCUCAGACAAAGAGUUGGCGUGAAUGUUCGUUCGAACUUCUGUUGUGGUGUGCCAGCGUGUUAAGUUGUAAUACCUAUUAAUCUUAUUGAAUUCUGUAAAUUUACUCUAUAAUAUAUUAUAUACAUAAUAUGGUAUAGUUAAUUAUUAGGUAAUAUCUCAACCAACUAUCGGAUAACUUAGAAUGAUAUCAAAAUUUAAUAUGGCGUCCCUUAACUUUUAUACAAAUGUAACUACGCUGUUGCUUAAAUUGUAUUCGUUGAAUUUUUAUGAAAACUGUUGGUUCGUAGGGCGGAACGAUCACGAUCACGUGACUGAAGGGCCCUUCCUUCUAUUCGUGUGUUGUGUGUCCUUGGGAAUAAAUCGUCGUAUAAUAAAAAUAAAUAUACCGACUCUCGUCGUCACUGUCAUACUCUCCUCCUAGCGAAUGUAUCAAAGUUUGGGGCAUCGUUUUAAUUAAUCGGUUAUUAAAACUAUAUUUAGUGGUGUGUGUUGCUAAUCACUUUGUCAUCUAACGAAAUUGUUAACUAGUCAUUUCAUUCACUACCUCUCACCUGUACAUACAAUUAUUAUAUUGUGUUGUUUAUAAAAGUCUAAUUUAAGUUGAAACUUUGUUAAAGUUAGUGUAGUAGACGGUUUACUGUCGUUAUUAAAAGUCUGUUCGGGUCGAACAGAAUGUGGUAUGACGAAGCAAUAAAAUGACAUUUUUCUAAUGACUUAUUAGAAAGUUAAAAAAAAAAAACGCGACGAUUGUUCAAGUGGUUA